UAUUUUUUUUUCUCUCUAAAACUGAGCACACACAAAGUUUUUUCUACCACCAAAUCGUUCAAGCCUACUGGCAUCCUCAAGUUCAAUACUUGCCGCCAACAUAUUCCAAUGUCUUCCAUUAUCUCUCAGAAGGCCUCCAUUUCCUCAUCAUUUUCAUCUUCAACACCUCAGUGGAAAUAUGAUGUCUUUCUAAGUUUUAGAGGUGAGGACACCCGCACUAGUUUUACAGACCAUCUAUAUGUUGCUUUGAAACAAAGGGGCAUAGUUACCUUUAGAGACGAGGAAAAUCUUGAGAUAGGAAAAUCUAUUUCACCGGAGCUCUUGAAAGCAAUAAAAGAAUCGAGAUUUGCAAUUGUCAUUCUCUCAAGAAACUUUGCAUCUUCAACAUGGUGCUUAAUUGAACUUACAAAGAUAAUGGGAUGCCUGAAAGAGACAACCACGACUGUUUUGCCAAUUUUUUAUGAUGUGGACCCAUCUGAUGUACGAAAACAAACAAGGACCUUUGCCCAAGCCUUUUCUAAGCAUGAAGAGUGUUUCAAGGACAACAUAGAGAAAGUGCAAACAUGGAGAGCUGCUUUAAGAGAUGUGGCAGAUAUAAAAGGGUGGCACCUACGGGAUAGGUCCGAGGCACAACUUAUCCAAGAUAUUGUGGGAGAGUUAUGGCAUAAAUUAAAUUAUGCAUUCUUUGAAGAUACUGAAGGCCUUGUAGGGCUAGAAUCUCGAGUUAAGGAAUUGGAGUCAUGUUUGGCUAUGGGCUCUAAUGAUGUUCGCAUUAUUGGGGUUUUGGGGAUGGGGGGAAUAGGUAAAACAACUCUUGCUAGAGUUGUUUUUCGUAUGGUUUCGAAUAAGUUUGAAGGUUGUUGCUUUCUUUCUAAUGUUAGGGAGGUUUUUGAAAAAGAUGGUUUAAUUCCAUUGCAACAACAACUUAUUAAAAAAAUAUUAAAUGAAAGUAUGAGUAUACAAGAUGUUGAUGAGGGAGUUUAUGUUAUCAAGAAUAGAUUAUGUCAUAAAAGAAUUCUUCUCGUUCUUGAUGAUGUAAAUCAAUUAGAACAAUUGAAAUUUUUAGUUGGGAAGCGUAAUUGGUUUGGUUCUGGUAGUAGAGUUAUCAUAACAACAAGGGAUAAGCAUGUACUACGUAUUCUUGAAGUAGAUGAAAUAUGCGAAUCUGAAGCAUUGAGAGAUGAUGAAGCUCUCCAUCUUUUGUGUUUGAAAGCUUUUAAAAAGGACCAUCCUCCCGAAGAUUAUCUAGAGCUAUCCAAAGAUGUCGUACAAUAUACUAAAGGACUUCCUUUAGCUAUUGAGAUUAUGGGUUCCUUUUUGUUUAGUAGAAGCAUCAAUCAAUGGAAAAGUACAUUAAUUAGGAUUAAAGAAUUUCCUGAACGUGCAAUCCACCAAGCACUUAAAAUAAGUUAUGAUGGACUACAUGAAACAGAGAAAAAAAUAUUCCUCUAUAUUGCAUGUUUCUUUAAUCAUGAGGACAAAAAUAGUGUAGUAAAAAAACUAGAUUAUCUUGGCCUUUACCCUGCUAUUGGAUUAGAGGUUCUAGUUGAGAAAUCUCUCAUGAAAAUGGAUGACCAUGGAGUGUGGAUGCAUGAUUUGCUACAAGGCAUGGGCAAGAAAAUAGUUCAUGAAGAGUUUCCUGAAGAUCCUGGAAAGCGUAGCAUUCUAUGGUCAUUUGAAGACAUUAACAGUGUGCUAACAAAAAAUACGGGAACAGAAGCAAUUCAAGGCAUAGUCCUUAAGUUGCGUGAAUCAAAAGAGGCAUAUUGGAAUCCGGAAUCUUUUUCAAAGAUGCAUUAUCUUAAAUUGCUCAUAAUUAGUAAUGUUCAACUUCUCCAUGAACCCAAACAUCUUCCUAUUAGCUUAAGAUUUCUUGAGUGGAGUAGAUACCCUUCAAAAUCUUUGCCAUUAAAUUUCCAAUCAAAUGAGCUUGUUGAACUUUACAUGUGUGGUAGUUGCAUUGAACAACUUUGGAAAGGAGCAAAGUCUUUUGAGAAGUUGAAAAUCAUCCAAAUGAAUGGGUCUACAAACCUUAAAGAAACCCCUGAUUUGAUCAAAGUCCCAAAUCUUAAGGAAAUGGUUCUUGAUGAUUGUUUAAAUUUACGUGAGAUUCAUCCUUCAACUCUGGUUCAUAAUAGGCUUACUCUUCUCAAUCUCAAAGGCUGUGUUAAUGUCAAAACUCUUCCAAGCAAGUUCGAAAUGGAGUCUCUUGAGGUUCUUAUUCUUUCUGGUUGCUCAAAACUAAAAAAGAUUCCAGAAUUUGGAGAAAACAUGCAACGUGUAUUAAAGCUUUAUUUGGAUGGAACUGCUAUUACUAAAUUACCUGCAUCAAUUGGGCAUUUGACCAGCCUUGUUUUAUUGAAUGUAAGAGAUUGCAAAAGUCUUACGUGUCUGCCAAGCAACAUUUUUAAUUUGAAGUUUCUUAAAGAAGUGAAUAUUUCAAGAUGCUCAAAACUUGAGAGAUUGCCUGAGAAUGUUGGGAACGCUGAAAGUGUAGAGGAGCUCGAUGUGAGUGGGACUGCAAUAAGAGAGGUGCCUCCUUCUGUUGGUCUCUUAAAAAAUCUUAAAGUGUUAUCUUUCAAUGGAUGCAAGGGGUUAUUAUCAUUUAACUCUACAUCUUGGUAUGAUCUCCUCCCUUUUUCUUCGAGGCCAAAAAUUGCAGAUCCUGUGGGAUUUUCCUUUCUAUCGAGUUUGUGUUCUUUGACUAAAUUGAAUCUACGAAACUGCAAUCUCAGUGUAAUCCCAGAUGAUAUUGGUUGUUUAUUCUCUUUAGAAGAAAUACAUCUAAGUGAGAAUAGUUUUGUUUACCUUCCUGAUAGCAUCAGUCAACUAUGUAAGUUGGAAAGGGUGUAUUUGAACAAUUGCACGAGUCUUCGAUCAUUGCCAAAGCUUCCAGUAGAUAUCGUAGAAAUUUGGGGAGAUGGUUGUACCUCACUAGAAAUGGUACCAGAUCUCCAAAAAUCUAGUUAUUUUACUAAGGGAGAGCUUUAUCUUUCAAAUUGCAGUAAACUGGCUGACAAUCAAGAUUUCAUUGACAAUUUUUUGGCAAUGAUAAGAAAGCACCAUCAGGGAUUCUCUCGUCACGGUGGAUAUGACGAAGAAGAGUUCAAUUGGAGAUAUGACAUGAUUAUUCCUGGAAGUGUAAUUCCGAAGUGGUUUAUCCAUCAAAGUAUUGGGGCUGAAGUGAAUAUUAAAGAACAUUCUUCUCAUUUGUGUGAUGAGUGGAUAGGAACUGCUAUUUGCUUUAUAUCUUCUUCUCGUCUCAGAUUUUCAAUAUCUUGUCGGUUGAUAGCAAAUGGAAAAGUAAUGUCUGCUACAAUAGUAGACGCUGGUUAUUACAAAUCUUUAAGUUUAUUAUCAGAUCAUAUUUAUCUAUGUUAUUUGCUUCCUCAAUACUACAAGGAGGAGGACAUAAAAUUACUGAACGAAUGUGAAGCAAAUGAAUUGAGUCAGAUUAGCAUUAAAAUUGAAAUAUAUGAUUUAGGCAAGGAGGUGAAGAAAUGUGGGUUCCGAAUGGUAUACAAGAAAGACAUAGAAGAUCUCAACUGAACUAUGGCUCAGAGUAGUAAUACCAGCAUCAUUCCUUAUGAGGACUUGGAUGUUAAAAAAGCAAAGAAAAUUUGUGACGAUUACGAUUGGGCUGGACCUAGUGGAGAAGGAAGCCCUAAUGAUGUGCCCCAUGGUAACUCUGAUAGUGAAGAGUAUUUUGAAUGGGGUGAGGAGAUCAGUGAUUAGCAGGAAUCUAGAUGGAAUUGGAGAAUGGGUUCAAAUACUUUGUAAGUCAAUGAAUCCAAAUUAAUUCCUAUUUUUCUCUUGAUUACCUGUAAUUCAUUGUAUUUUUUUUU